UAUAUUUAGAGCAUCACUGUAAUAUUAUAUAUAAAUAAUUUAUAAUAUAUUCUCCCCCUUCCUAUUAUUUCCCAACUCUUUCGUUCAUUUUUUUUAUUCUCUCAAUUCUUUCUCACUCUCCCUCUAACAAUUAUAAUAAAGGGACAAAAUAUAAUUAAAAAAUUGUAGUUAAAAUAUAAAAAAAUUGUUAGAACAUUACCGCUCAUCAAUACAUAUCUAUUUAUAGGAGAUUAUACCCACCGAAGUUGGAUUAUCAUAAUUAUAGACAUUCAAAUCCAAAUAUUAAAGGAGAAAAUUCGAAUUGUUAUGCACCGGACGAGCUGCUCGGUGGUGUAAUUUACCUUCCAUUUUAUUUGAAUUUGAAAACGGAACCCACAAAGUUGUUCUACUUGUCAUAUUGUGCCUCCAGAUUAAAAGCUUGUCACAGCGCGCUCUUUUGCAAUAUUUCAAAUCAAAACAUACUCAAAACACAAACAAACCCAUAUCUUAUUAUCUUUAGCUCCUUUGCUUACCACAUCUGUCUCAGUCCUCCCAUCAGUUUGAUCUUGUUGUAUAGUAAUGGAGGAUGAAUGCGGUUCGGGAAGUGUUUCAGAUUGUUCUCUUGCGAUACCCAGAUCUGAAUCAAAGGUUUGGCCAUUUCAUCCUUGUAUUGAACGGUUUUUUUAGAGAAAUUUUCUUUUCAUCCUUUCUUUUUUUGGUUUUGACAUACUCAAUCGGGUAAUGGUGGAGGAGAAAAGGGGUAGUGUGGAAGGCGGAGAAGAAUCAGAACUUGGUCGUAAACGAGUGAAAAUGAGAGAUCUUGAUUCUGUGUUUCGUUCUAUAGGACAACUAGGAAGGGAACUAGGAAGGGACACAUUACAGCAAGCUAUGGCCCCUGCUCACAGAUCACUUGAUCUCAAUGCCAAAGCUUCUGUUGCUAAUGAUUUGUCUGGUGAGAAUACACCUGAAUGCAUUGAUAACACCAGUAGGCUGUCUUCAUUUGGAAAGAAGAGGAUAGAAGGCGAUGUUGAUCAUGUUAAGUCAAGAGGUUUUGGCUUAGAUCUCCAUUCAGAAGAUGUUUCAAGCUCAGUCAACCAUAACACAUUUUAUCCUAAUAAAAAUCGUGAAAAUCUGAAAUCAGGAGAUGACUCAGAGUGUGCGAGUUCAAUUGGUCCAUUGGAGGUAAACGAUCCAAUGAGAAUUUGGAAAGAGAUGAAGCAAAAUGGUUUCCUCUCAUCUUCUCAUGGAGGUGUACCAAUGCCAAAGCCACGUGGGAGGAAAAAUAAAGAUUAUGGGCUCAAGAAAAAGAUGGAGCUUGCUAAGAGAGAACAGAUCAAUAGGUUUGCGAAGAUUGCUGCUCCUAGUGGACUGCUCAAUGGAUUGAACCCUGGAAUCAUAAACCAUGUAAGAAAUGGUAAACAGGUUCAUUCUAUAAUAGAGGCCCUAGUGAGAUCUGAAAAACUUGAAAACCACAAUGCAGGAAGCAAACAGCUAGUCCAGACAAAGAGUGGAAAGGAAGAAUCUAGUGACAGGAAGAUUGACCUGGAGAACUUGAAUGCUUUUGGAAUGAGCAGAUUCAGUUUCCAUCAUGAAGGGUGCAGUAGUUUAUCAGGUAGCAAGCAGAUUGGUGGAUGUCCAACGUCAAUUAAUAAAUCAGGAUCUUCCAACUCAGAUCUUAUCAAGGGGGAUGCUGCAAAUGUGGCUUCCCAGUGGUUGAAACUUCUUCAUCAAGACAUCAAAGGACGCCUGACAGCAUUGCGACGUAGUAAGAAGAGAGUUCAAGCUGUGAUUCAUACAGAAUUGGCUUUCCUAAUGUCAAGAGAAUUCUCAUCAAACCAAGACACCGAUCCAGAUUGCACAAAAAGUUCUGCUACUGAUUUUUCUGUUCGUGCAGCGGCCGAUAUGCAUCAAGCUAGAUGGAGUGCACUAUUUGAUCAGAUGGAAAAAGCUUUAUCUAAAGAAGAGAAACAAUUGGAAAGUUGGUUGAAUCAAGUAAAAGAAAUGCAAUGGCACUGUGAACGCGGCCUUUUCCAGUACAAUGAAGCUUAUGGUUUGCAACAUCUGGUUGCAUUGGGAAGUAGCUGCAGAUUAGAGAAAGCAGAUAAUUUAGAAGGGGAUUCGGCUGUUAGGGCUGCAGCCGCAUCCAUGUACUCAACGUGCAACUUUCUCUUGCCAAUGGAGAAUUUACCAUGUUUCUGAUCAGUCUAACUUCAAAAUUCGUCACUUUUCAGUCGAGUUCUAAUUAUAGCAGUUUUUAUCCUGAUUUCAGUGUUGUUAAUCUCCAUAUGCAUUUAGCAUAAAGACAUUAUUAGGUCCAUUCGUAAGGCUCGUUAAGGGUAGGCCUUGGUGCAGUGAUAAGAUUGCUUGGUGACCUGGGCAUCAUCAAGAGUUUGGGUCGCAAAAACAUCUAUGCGUAGUGGAGUAAGACUGUGUACAUCUGACUUUACAAACCCCAAAGUGAUGAAAAUUGUGUGCACUGGGCAGCCCUUUAUGUUAGAUCUAUCAAUUGUCGAUGGCCUUGUGGAUUUAUUGAGUUUGUUCAUGUAACAUUAGAUGUUGUGGUCAUUUAUGCUUCGAUGUACUAAUCAUUCUUUCUCUGAUUAGAGGCUGAUAGUUGUUGAUAACUCUAAUUGUUGCAUUGAAAUAAAU